AUGAGUGAGUUCGUUGAGGAAUAUAUCGAAGGACUCCUUCCUGUAUUUGAGACACUGAAAGGUAUUCAGUUGUUGUCAGGUUCUGAAGUUGAUGCGUUUAUCAAGCGUUGUCAGUUUUUCGAAUAUCGAAUUCAGAAAUCUCAAAAAAUUUCCUCAUCAUUCACCAUCUACACCAGUUACUUAAAGUCAGCUUUGGAAUUUAUCCGAAUCCGACGGAAGCGAUUAAAUAAUCAUUCUGAAAAAGACAGAAUUGAAGACAUUAUAAAGGCGAAGAUUGUUUCUUUGCUUCGAGGAUGUUGUGAAAAGUUCAAGUUAGAAGAAAGUAAUUGGCUUCAAUUGAUUGCAUUUACGAAAGAAGAAAAAAUGUAUGUCGAGUGCAGUAACACAUAUUCACGUAUGUUACAGAUUUUUCCCAGAAAUGUUACGAUUCGCAUUCAAGCGGCUCGAUUCGAAUAUUCAGUAGAUCAUCGAAUAGAAUGUUCGCGUUGCAUAUUGCAAGAAGGCAUACGCAUAUGUCCAUUAGAAACCAAGUUAUGGGCCAGUUUUGUCAAACUGGAAUUAGAUUACGUGAAAUGGUUGAUUACUCGAAAGAGUAUAUUGGUGGGAGAAGAAUAUCAUUCUUCAGUCACUGACAACAAAUCAAAAGCUGCAAAAGAAGAAAAAUUGAAAGAUAAAAACGUACAGGAUGCAAUAUUAAACUUUCAAGUAAUUGAAACAAUCAUUCAGCAGGCUCUUACAUGUUGUGAAAAAGAGAAAAAGCCUUUACUGCUGAUUUUCUGGAGGAUCUCAAAAAAAUACGGCUCACUGACAUCUUGCCUUACUAAGAAAUUGUAUGAAAUGUUGUGGUCUCCAAAUUUUAUGAGCGAAGAAAGUUGGAUUGCAAAAUCACAAAUGAUUAGUAAUGAUAGGAAAGCUCUUUAUAAAUUAUUCGAUAAGGCAUGUGCAAAUAUUCCUACGGAGAAAAUGUAUCGACACUGUUUAUCUCAUUCUAUGAGAUAUUAUAUUCGUGAUCGUGAUCCAGAAGCAAAAAAAAGAUGUCAUAAGCACCUCUUUUGGUUAAUAAUUGAGGGACAUGCAACAGAGUCAGAUGUUGUGAAAUUCAAUCAAAUAACAGAUGAUAUCGUUGAAAAAGAGAAUAUAUUAAAUAAAUUAUUGAAGAACAAUCCGAAAAAUGCAUUUUUUUGGAUGAUGUUACUACACUGCAAAAUAGAAUCUGGUAGUUCUAAUGCUCAAGCAAUACGUGAAGUAUUUAAUGAGGCUACAAAAAAGGUUCAUAUUCAAGCAAGUGACGAUGAUUAUGGUUUGAUCCAAUUGUACAGAGAAGCUCUUAAUUGGGCUUAUCGAUAUUCUCCUAAGGAUUUAGAUGAGUUUUAUGAAAAGGCAUGCUUUCGUGCUCCACCAAAGAUUGCAUCUAUAAUGCGAUGUUUUCGUUUAAAUUAUUUAGCUGAUCAGGAGGAACGGCCAGACAAGAGAAGAAAGGAAUAUUUCAAUUUCACGAAACAUCCUCCUAACUGCCUGAAAUUUCACCGUAUAUUCAUCCAGCAAGAGUUGCAAAACGUGCCUGUUUCUAUUGAAACUAUUGUGCAAGCUUUGGAGUUGAUGAUUGCGGAAUUCGGGAGUAAAACAUAUGAAUGCUGGAUUGAUUAUUGCGAGGUUAUGUUAAAAUAUCAGCCUACUGCCCUUCCAACAAUUCAUAGACGCGCUGUAGUUUCUGUACCACCGGACGAAGUAGAGUUGUUCUUGACAACUUAUGGUGAUCUACUUCACAAUUCAUGA